AUGGCCGGCGAGGAAGACCGCGGGGACGGGGAGCCGGUAUCAGUGGUGACCGUGCGGGUGCAGUACCUAGAGGACACCGACCCUUUCGCAUGUGCCAACUUCCCGGAGCCGCGCCGGGCCCCCACCUGCAGCCUGGACGGGGCGCUGCCCCUGAGCGCGCAGAUACCCGCGCUGCACCACCUGCUGGGGGCGCCGCUCAAGCUAGAGGACUGUGCCCUGCAAGUGUCUCCGUCUGGAUACUACCUGGACCCUGAGCUGUCCCUAGAAGAGCAACGGGAGAUGCUGGAGGGCUUCUUUGAAGAGAUCAGCAAAGGGCGGAAGCCUACUCUGAUCCUGCGGACCCAGCUUUCUCUGAGAGUCAAUGCCAUCUUAGAAAAGUUGUAUGGCUCCAGUGGCCCUGAGCUCCGCCGCUCCCUCUUCUCACUAAAGCAGAUCUUCCAGGAGGACAAGGACCUGGUGCCUGAAUUCGUGCACUCGGAGGGGCUGAGUUGCCUAAUCCAUGUGGGCGCUGCUGCCGACCACAACUACCAGAGCUACAUCCUCCGAGCACUAGGCCAGCUGAUGCUUUUUGUGGAUGGGAUGCUGGGGGUGGUGGCCCAUAGUGAGACCGUGCAGUGGCUGUACACACUGUGUGCCAGCCUGUCCCGCUUGGUGGUGAAGACAGCCCUGAAGCUGCUGCUGGUGUUUGUGGAGUACUCUGAGAGCAACGCACCACUGUUCAUCCGUGCAGUCAACUCUGUGGCCAGCACCACAGGUGCUCUUCCAUGGGCCAAUUUGGUGUCCAUCCUGGAGGAGAAGAAUGGCGCUGACCCCGAGUUGCUGGUGUACACUGUCACCCUCAUCAACAAGACUCUGGCAGCGCUCCCGGAUCAGGACUCCUUCUACGACGUGACGGAUGCACUGGAGCAGCAGGGCAUGGAGGCACUGGUCCAGCGCCACUUGGGCACCGCGGGCACUGACGUCGACCUGCGCGCCCAGCUUAUGCUCUAUGAGAGCGCCCUGCGGUUGGAGGAUGGGGACAUGGAAGAAGCCAUCGCAGGUGGGCGGCGCAUCACCCGCCGAAAGCCUUCCUCAGACGAGGGCAAGAGGAUCCGCCGAGAAGUGCGCUCCCCGGAGCCUAGCUCCACAGGCCCCGCCUCACCAGUAGUCUCCACCUCCUCCUCCGCCAGCCCUGCCUUGCCGACCGGCCCCACCUCCAGCCCGGUAGGCCCCGCCCCACCUACAGGCCCCACCUCCAGCACUGUGGGCCCUGUCUCUGGCCUCCAUACCACCUUGAGCCUCUUUCCUACCAUCUCCGUGACGCCCUCACCCAACAGCUCCUGCGAGAGGAGCAUCUACAAAGCCCGGUUCCUGGAGAAUGUAGCAGCAGCAGAAACAGAAAAGCGGGCUGCACUGGCCCAGGGCCAGGCAGAGACAUUGGCUGGAGCCAUGCCCGAUGAUAUCGAUGGACACCCAGACACCCAAGAAUUACGGGGCUCCCCAGAACCAGCCCCUGCACCCGGAACACCCCAGAGCGCUGCCCCUCAAAUCCUGCUCCAUACUCGGCACAGCCUCGAGCCAGAGCCCAAAGAGCCAUUGGCCCCACCAAGCCCCAAGGCUGAGCCCAUCCGGGAGCUCCCUACCAGCGUACCCAGCCUCUGCAUUGGGGACCUGGACUUCUCAGACCUGGGGGAGGAUGAAGACCAGGACGUGCUGAACACGGAGUCUGUGGAGGCGGGGAAAGGGGUCCCGGUCCCGCCCCCGCCACCCCCACUCCUGGGAGGCCCCCCACCUCCUCCACCACCACCACCCCCACCCAUCAAAAGCUCCUUCCCACCACCACCCCCAGCUGCCGGUCUUCCCCGCUCAGCACCUGAUGGCCUAGCCCUUCCCACCAAGAGGAAGACAGUAAAACUCUUCUGGCGGGAGCUAAAGCUGGCUGGGGUCCAUGGAGGCUCUGGCAGCCGCUUUGGGCCCUGCCCCACCCUGUGGGCCUCACUAGAGCCUGUCUCGGUGGAUACAGCCCGGCUAGAACACCUGUUCGAGUCCCGUGCCAAGGACGUGCUGCCUUCCAAGAAAGCUGGUGAGGGCCGCCGCACAGUGACCACCGUGCUGGACCCCAAGCGCAGCAACGCCAUCAACAUUGGCCUAACCACGCUGCCACCUGUGCACGUCAUUAAGGCUGCCCUGCUCAACUUUGAUGAGUUUGCUGUCAGCAAGGAUGGCAUUGAGAAGCUACUGACCAUGAUGCCCACAGAGGAGGAGCGGCAGAAGAUCGAGGAGGCCCAGCUGGCCAAUCCUGACAUACCGCUGGGCCCAGCCGAGAACUUCCUGAUGACUCUCGCUUCCAUCAGGGGCCUGGCUGCCCGCCUACAACUCUGGGCCUUCAAGCUGGAUUAUGACAGCAUGGAGCGGGAAAUUGCAGAGCCACUGUUUGACCUGAAAGUGGGCAUGCAACAGCUGGUGCAAAAUGCCACCUUCCACUGCAUCCUGGCCACCCUGCUGGCUGUGGGCAACUUCCUCAACGGCUCCCAGAGCAGCGGCUUUGAGCUGAGCUACCUGGAGAAGGUGUCAGAGGUGAAAGACACGGUGCGCCGACAGUCACUGCUGCAUCAUCUCUGCUCCCUGGUGCUCCAGACCCGGCCUGAUUCCUCUGACCUCUACUCAGAAAUUCCUGCCCUGAUCCGCUGUGCCAAGGUGGACUUUGAGCAGCUGACUGAGAACCUGGGGCAGCUGGAGCGCCGGAGCCGGGCAGCCGAAGAGAGCCUGCGGAGCUUGUCCAAGCACGAGCUGGCUCCAGCCCUGCGUGCCCGCCUCACCCACUUCCUGGCCCACUGUACCCGCCGUGUUGCCAUGCUGAGGGUCGUGCACCGCCGUGUCUGCAACAGGUUCCACGCCUUCCUGCUGUACCUGGGGUACACAGCGGAGGCAGCCCGUGAGGCGCGCGUCAUGCAGUUCUGCCACACGCUGCGGGAGUUCGCACUGGAGUAUAGGACUUGCCGGGACCGGGUGCUGCAGCAGCAGCAGAAGCGGGCCACAUACCGUGAGCGCAACAAGACCAGGGGACGCAUGAUCACCGAGACAGAGAAGUUCUCAGGUGUGGCGGCUGGGGAAACCCCCAGCAACCCAUCUAUCCCAGUGGCUGUGAGCAGUGGGCCAGGAGAGGGUGAUGCCGACAGUCACGCCAGCAUGAAGAGUCUGCUGGCCAGCAAGCCUGAGGACACCACACAUGGCCGCCGCAGCAGAGGCAUGGUCCAGAGCAGCUCCCCAGUCAUGCCCACAGCAGUGGGGCCCUGCACUGUACCCCCAGAAGAACCUCCAGGCUCCAGUUUACCCAGUGACACUUCAGAUGAGAUCAUGGACCUGCUGGUGCAGUCAGUGACCAAGAGCAGUCCUCGUGCCUCAGCUGCUCGGGAACGCAAGCGUUCCCGUGGCAACCGCAAGUCUUUGAGACGGACGUUGAAGAGCGGGCUCGGAGAGGAUCUGGUACAGGCGCUAGGACUGAGCAAGGGUCCUGGCCUGGAAGUGUGA